AUGAAGUUUGCAAAGGAACUUGAGCAAAGCCUCGUGCCUGAAUGGCGCGUAAAAUACCUCGAUUAUAAGCAAGGCAAGAAGAAGGUCAAAGCAGUCGCUCGUGCAACCAAUCGUAUAAAUUCAACCCCUCGAUCAGAUGCGCGAACGAAUCUGAAUACGCAGAGUGGCAGUAUAUACGGUGCUACAUCUCCUCUCGCUCCAAGAAAGCCUCAACCGUCUGGAAGGUUCGAUGGUACGACCGACCGUCCUCAAUCAGCUUCUGGGAGGGUAGAUGGGGCAUCUCACGGAACUGGGGCGGAAACGGCGUCAUCGAACCCUGCUACAUCGAUACCAAUCGCAAGCAGGCAUGUACCAAUAGAGCAUACACAUGAUGGAAUGUACGGCAGCUUUGUGCCAACCCCUCCUGCGAUGGACAUGCACAAUUUCGAACUUCCGGAUCCAGCGAUACAAGCUGACUCUCCCCUCGAAUCCUCAGAGCGCAUAAUGUCCACCAUCACAAGUAGGAAAAAUUCUCUGGAGAUUGAAGUCCCAUCAAGGACCCCAGAAAGGAAUCCCAUAUCAGCCUAUCAGAGCGCAUAUGAAGUAGGUACAACAGAAAGUCCGACCAGACCUAAGUUUGCUUCACUGAGGGCCCCCGGGUCGCGCGCUGAAUCCCAUGAUGUUCAUGGACAGCCGAUCCUGAAGCGAAUCUUCUCAGUCGGCACUCCCUUAUCUAAACCUCACAGUCGUCCUGACGUCGAUAUGGUUGCCUUUGAUCAUGUACGAAUACGUCAGCAAGAAUUUCUCUCUUGGAUGGAUAAAGAGCUUGACAAGGUCGAAACUUUCUACAGGUCCAAAGAGGAUGAGGCGGGAAUCAGAUUACAAGUUUUGAGAGAACAGUUGCAUGAGAUGCGAAACCGCAGGAUACAAGAAGUGGCAGAUGCAGAACAUGCAAGGUCAAUGCGUAAAGAUGACGAGCGCUCAGUAAUGGGAAGGAUUUCUCGUGGGCAUUCUGGAGAUGAAGAUCUCAACAGGCAUUCCUCUCAAGAACAUCGAAUUCCUUGGCUGGCACCUUUUGGGAGAAUGGUAGAUAAUGCAAAAGCAACAGCACUGGGGCCACAUCCAGGAGCCAACUCUAGGGCAUUAGCUAGUAUGAGAAACUCACCCGAGUUGCAGUUUAAGUCUCAGCCAGACGAUGGAGUUGCAACGAACGGCAAUCGCGAUUAUGUAAGACGGCCUUACGAAAACGAUGUAUCCUAUCGAACCGCGAAACGGAAGUUGAAGCUGGCUUUACAAGAACAUUACCGAGGUAUGGAACUUCUAAAGUCCUAUGCGCUGUUGAAUCGGACUGCGUUUCGCAACCAAUGCGCAUCCCCCCUUCGGUUCAUGACGGAAAAGGUUAGCAAGGCAUGGUUCGUCAAUAGCGAUGUACUUGAUGGGCACAUACAUACGGUUGAAGAUUUGUACGCACGAUAUUUUGAAAAGGGCAAUCAUAAAAUUGCUGUUGGAAAAUUGCGCAAAACCGUUGGAAAGUCAAUGGACCAAUCCGGUAGUGCAUUCAGAAAUGGAGUGCUGAUUGGAAUUGGUGCUGUCUUUUCGAUUCAGGGAAUCAUCUCCGGCAGUGAAUACUUGGAUCACCCUGAUCCUACGAUCCGAUUUCAAACCGGCUAUCUGCUGCAAAUAUACGGUGGUUACUUUCUCGGUUUAUAUUUAUUUUCGUUAUUCUGUUUCGAUUGCAGUGUUUGGACUCGACACAAAAUUAACUACAAAUUCGUUUUCGAAUUGGAUCCUCGGCAUGAUCUGGAUUGGCGGCAACUUAGCGAAUUUCCAGCAUUUCUCAUCCUUCUAUUCGGCCUGUUUUUGUGGAUCAACUUCUCUGGCUAUGGGACACCAGAAAUGUUUAUAUACUAUCCCAUCAUUUUGAUCUUCGUUACAGUCAUGAUAAUAUUUAUGCCUGCCCCCAUAAUUUUUCACAGAAGCCGGAAAUGGUUUGUUUAUUCUCAUUGGCGUUUACUUUUGGCUGGGUUAUACCCCGUAGAGUUUAGAGAUUUCUUCUUGGGUGAUAUGUAUUGCUCCCUUACCUAUUUAACGAGUAAUAUAGAGCUCUUCUUUUGCCUCUAUGCGACAUCCUGGCAUAAUCCUACGAAAUGUAAUUCUACAAACUCUCGCCUUCUUGGAUUUUUUUCGACCUUACCAGCUAUAUGGCGUUUACUUCAAUGCUUCCGACGUUAUCAUGAUACCAAAAAUAUGUUCCCGCAUUUAGUUAAUGGUGGUAAAUAUGCUAUGACCAUAGUAUAUUAUGUCACUUUGAGCAUCUACAGAAUAGACAGAGACAGAACGAAUUUAAUUGUGUUCAGCUUUUUUGCUGCAUUGAAUGCGGUAUACGUCAGUACCUGGGAUCUUUUGAUGGAUUGGUCUCUGCUUCAACCUGGAGCUAACAAGCCACUUCUUCGCGAUGUUAGAGGAUUCAAGAGUACCUGGUGGUACUAUGCAGCUAUGAUUAUUGAUCCAAUCCUUCGAUUCAAUUGGAUAUUCUACUCGAUAUAUACGCACAACCUCCAGCACAGCAGUACCGUAUCCUUUUUUGUCGGAUUUUCUGAAAUCACUCGUAGAGGAAUGUGGACAUUGUUUCGUGUCGAGAAUGAACACUGCUCCAAUGUCGCUCGUUUCAAAGCAUUUCGCGAUGUCGCGUUGCCAUAUGAUCUGGAGUCCGGAGAAUCGGAAGACUCUCAGCCUAUUACCCCUGCUGAAACAAAUGAUAUAUCAUCGGUACUUGACAGAGAGCGCACCCAUACUAGUGGUCUCUCACAACAGCAAACCAAUACCAGUUCGACACGCCGUCGUCCACAAAGAACUUUCACUAAAGUUUUGGCCGAUGCUCAUAUCCAAGACUUUCAGAAGAAGAAAAAACCUGCUGCGAAUAAUGGAAAGGAUUUGGACGGAACUGAUGAGACUGAUGUCGAUAUUGACCGUGCUACUAGUAGUGAGGACGAUGAUGAUGAUGAGCAAGAUGCACAAGAUCGCCUGGAUGCAGAUAGUUUAGUCAGAGGUGGACAAGGCAAAAGAGGAAGGAGAAAGAGUCGAAGAGGGAUCUAG